UAAUGAAACCAUAACAAGACACGUCUUCCGAUCCCUUUGCAUUUGCCUUCAAUCCUCAAAAUAUUGAAAAUACAGUCAAUAAAGCUAAGAAUACAUUAGAUAAUCCCUUUAUUGGGAUGGCUUAUGCUGGCCUUGGAAAGUAAAUGAAAAUAAUAUUAAAGAAAAUUUUCUGGCAUUGGAGACAAAUAUGAUUCAUUUCUGAAUUCAGUAUUCAGUAGUCAAUAUAGAUUUUAUUUUGACGUGGACAAUAUGUAUGUAGUAAAGAAAUCCAUCAUGACACUUGCACCUUAUCUUUAUGGAGGAAAUUGGACAUUAAGUAGCAAUUUUCUAUAAUUAUUUCAGAUAGUGAAUUUUAGGCUAUUUCACCAACAGAGAAUGUUCAUGCUCCCGAUCUAUAUUUACCAUUGAUGAGUUUAGUAACAUUUGUUCUCCUCAGGUGUUUAAGCCUUGGAAUCAAUAACUAGACCUAAUUCAGUCCAGGUUACAUAGUUGAUUCCUUCUGGAAGUGCUUUGUCACAUCCCUUUUAGAAGUAAUAAUAAUAAAAAUCGUUUUUUGCUUUUUAGAUGGAAUUAGGGUCAACACUGUUGACCUUGUUUCACAUCUAAAUUAUAGAUAUUGCAGGUAUUCUUUAUUUUAAUUUUUAGUUUAUGCUCCUUAAUGAUAUUCAAUAUUCUAACAAAUGGCCUUUUUUCAAUUUAUGUCACAAUUUAUGUACUUAUUUGUUAGGGUAUUUUUGUUUUUAAAACGUUACAAAGAUAUAGUCCAUCACACAAUUAGAGUGCACUUGGUAUUAAAUCAAAUCAUCUUUUAGAACUGAGUAGUUUUGGCUACAAAAUUACAUUAUUAUUAGCAUUGUUACAGCCAUCUUGCUCUUGGAUUCUAUUGUCUUUUGGUUAAUGAA